UCCACUGUCUAUUAACAAUAUGCGCACGUCGGUAGCGUUACUCUCUUCACUUUUAAUUCUUGUACUCUUUGAGGGGGUUUGUUCAAUGAAAAAAGGUAGGAAGAAGACCAAGAAUAGAGAAAAGUCUAAAGUUCACUUUUCUACUGAAUACGAUCUUGUGCAAGACCUUUUGACCAACUAUGAUCCGAUAGUUAGACCAAGGUACAACUCUUCUGAAACCGUCGUCGUAAGGAUCCGGUUCUCCCUACAGCAAAUUUAUGAUUUAGAUGAAAAGCGUCAAAUAUUAGCAAUUAGUGGUUGGUUAACGGCAGAAUGGGUAUGGAGUUCUUUUUAUUUAUUACAGUAUAAUAAUUUGUUAUUAAUAAUUAAUUGAUCAUCUCAAUAUAUUAAAUAAAUAGCUCGAUGAGUUUUUAAUGUGGGAUCCUGAAGAGUAUGGGAAUAUAUCAUCUCUAGUGCUCGAUCCAAGACACAUAUGGACACCUAGUUUGGCCAUUGGUAAUUCGUAAGUAUAGAACAUGUUGUAUAAAAGUGACAUUUUUUUUUGGUAGUGGCGUUAGGCGAGUAUCUUUCCAAUUUGUGUAUUUGUAGGACAAUAAGACGACCAGCGUAGAGGCGUAUUUACUUUGCUGAUUAUAGCUUUAGAUAGGCGUCGUUUCGUUCUUUCUGUAUGUGUCAUUCGUUUCCGCUGGACUUUCAAGAGAAUCGCUGUGCCUGAACGAACCUAAUCUAAUCCUAAGAUGUAUCAGUAGUUGAAUUUAACGGUUUCAUGCACUUAAGAUGGAGAAUGAUUCCUUUACAAAUACCCACUCUAAAGACUCGUUGACCUCAAAUAUCCAUUUAAAUCCCUUAACAGACAGAAUAUCAUGAAAUAGUCCUUAAUACCACUAGGUUCAUUAUUUUAACCUUUUAUUCAUGACUUUAUUAAAAACUCUUAUUGAAAACUAAUGACUGUUCUUAUCUCAGGGCGGAUAGAAUGUUUCAAACAUACCGUCACUUUUGGAUUACAGUCAGGAGUACAGGCGAAGCCAGAUGGCAACCUGGGGGUACUUUUGCUUUUACUUGUGCCCUUGAUAUGAAUUACUAUCCGUUCGAUAAUCAAUAUUGUACAAUGGAAGUGGAAACAUGGCAUUAUAAUUCGGAGAAGCUACAAUUUAACAUCUCAAAACACGAAUUUGGAUUGGAGACGUAUCUACAGCACGGAGAAUGGGAAGUUUAUAAAACACUUGUACGAUACGAAAACGUCGAGUAUAAAUAUUAUCAGGAUGAACAAUUUCCGGAAGUCUUCUUCAGUAUAUUUAUUAGGAGAAAAUAUACUUUUUAUUUUAUGUAUAUCCUACUACCAUGUAUAAUGCUUUCUUUUGUCUUAUUAAUGACCUUUUUAUUACCGGCCGACUCUGGAGAGAAAGUUAAUCUUGGUGUUUCAAUACUGGUUGCAUUUUCAGUUUUCUUGCUAAUAGUGGCCGAAAAGGUUCCGGAUACAUCUGACGCAGUACCAAUUAUUGCUAUUUAUUUGAUGUAUUUUAUGGCAAUUACAGCAUUGUCUGUUAUGGCUAGUACAAUCGUUCUGAAGCUGCAUUUCAAAGGUUCAGAGAAGAAACCGCCCAAAUGGCUGCAAUCAUUCGUAUUCGAUUGCCUAGCACCCCUAUUAUGCCAAAAGAGCCAUACUCAUUGGCAUACUAAACAACAACUUCGGAAUUCCAUUACAAUGACCUUUGUCUCAAGUCCAUCGGAAAACGAAUGCAAACCAAUGAAAGAAGUUUGCGCUUGUUCCGAAACUGAAUCCGAAAGAGGUUCAGCGGAUGAGAAGGCUAAACGAGAGAAAAUUACACAAGAGUGGAAGAAAAUAGCGGAAGUGAUAGAUCAUUUAUUCUUUUGCACCUUUCUCUUUCUGAUAAUUCUUCCUCUGGGAGGUCUUGUUGUGUUUGCUCAUAUCUUUCAUACUACAGAAUCUGAUAUAAAAUGAUAUAUAUGGCGUACAAAGUUCUCUUCCUUUUGCGUAAAAGACAAAAGCACUCACCUGACAUCUCUUUUUACUGUAUAAUCCACAGUUUUCUGUCGUAAGAAUUGUGAAUUAGUACAAAGGUAUAAAUAUUUGUAAAUAUUAAAAAUGAUUAACAUUACUAAGAGUAAAGUGACUUUUUGAAUAUUGUUUUCUUUCUUAUUGUAACUCAAUUCACAAUAAAAACUCUUCAUCAAUGAUUCUUU